UGUUAUUCGGGAUCAUCAUGUGACAGGAACGCUAGUCUUAACAUUUCCUGAAGAGAUGGACACUUGCAAAAUUUCUGUUUUUCAUGAAUCGAUACUUCGCGCUUGGAACAGCUAUCUUAAUGACGAUCCUGACGUUCGAUGUCACGCCAACUUAUGCUAUGUGUUCUGUGAAUGCGUUCUUUUCCGUCAUUGCGUUGUUGCUGGUCGCAAAUAUUCAAAUGAUUCUCCAACAUCGAAUAUAUGCGCUGUAUGCAUAUGACAAAAGAAUCGUCAUCCCUGUGUCGGUGCUGUUCGUCACGAUCUUCAGCAUUAUGAUGGUGAUGGCAGUGUAUAUAUACCUGUAUGAGAAGGACCACGAAGCCCAGAUCUUUGGUGCAUGCUGUUUACUUGGAUCCAUGGAUUGGCUAUAUCUCUUUUGGGUACCCAUGAUGGGCUUGGAAUUUGUUCUUGUCGUGUUGGCAGGCUACAAAUCUCUUCAGCACUAUCUCCAGGUACCAGAUAAGACCUGGUCGGGUGCACGUCUUAUGCGUACCUUUGCGCGAGACUCAGUCCUUUAUUUUUUCUGCAACUUUUUGAUAUAUCUAUUCAGCACAUUACUUGGCAAAUUCGGUCCUUCUAUGUAUUAUCAACUUGGCGCAAUCACGAUCUCAGUUGUCCCACCCGUAUCAGCGAACCGUCUCCUCAUCAACAUGUUCGACUCUGCACAUGACGAGCAGGUUACUUGGACGAUGGCUUCGGGAGCUUUAGCUUCCCUUCAACUUGCGAGAGCCACAUCGAGCGAACACAAUGAGGACAUGGAGCUUGCAUCCAUGAGUACGAGCACGAAGUGUUCCGAGUAGAUGAAUGCGUCAUCGUUUGAAUGAUACCAGUCGAGUUGUAUGAGACUUUGUGCCAUAUGGUUUUUACAAGUUCGUGCCUAAAUAACACUU